CAUACAAACGGUGAUAUACAUUCACCAGAAUCAAUGAGGAACGACGGAGCUCCAGGGAAACUCUUUGUUUCCUUCGAAAUCAAGGCUUUAAUAGCUACAUUACUAACCUUAACCCUAGUUGUAGCAAUUUGGAACAUCCAACCUUACAAUGCCAACCUUCUUACUUCAGCCAACACCACAAUCAAAUCCAAAUCCACCACUUCACCAGCAACAAAGCUUUCGAAUUCGAGACCAACAGACCCGAACAAACGGAUUUUCACUAGCUAUGGUAAUGCUGCUUCUCUGUUUGUUCAAAUGGGUGCCUACCGUGGUGGGACUUCAUCAUUCGCCAUUAUAGCUUUAUCUUCAAAACCCAUACAAGUAUACGGCAAACCUUGGUAUAACUGCGAGUGGGUUUCUAAUAACAGCUCGAAACCAUCAAUGAGAGCAAAAGCUACAAAAAUGCUGCCAGAUUGGGGUUAUGGCAGAGUUUAUACAACAGUAGUAGUGAACUGUACAUUCCCGGUAAACCCAAAUGAAGACAAUUCAGGUGGCAAACUCAACAUCUAUGCAUAUUACGGAAAAUCAACAAGGAAAUACGAAAAGAUUGAAGCUUUAGAAGAAGCACCAGGGUCUUAUAAUGAAUCAAAUUAUAAGCCUCCGUAUAAAUAUGAGUAUUUCUACUGCGGGUCUUCUUUAUAUGGAGAAUUAAGUGCAUCAAGAAUAAGGGAAUGGAUGGCUUACCAUGCUUGGUUUUUUGGACCAAGUUCACAUUUUGUGUUUCAUGAUGCAGGAGGUGUUAGUCCAGAUGUUAGAGCUGUUCUUGAACCAUGGGUUCGGUUAGGAAGAGUUACAAUUCAAGAUGUUAGAAAUCAAGCUGAAUUUGAUUCGUAUUAUUAUAAUCAAUUCGCGGUUGUUAACGACUGUUUACAUAGAUAUAGGAAUGCAGCAAAUUGGACAUUUUAUUUUGAUGUCGAUGAGUAUAUCUUUAUGCCUGACGGAAGGAGUUUGGAAUCGGUUUUAGCUGAGUUUUCAAAUGUUACUCAGUUUACUAUUGAACAAUAUCCUAUGUCUAGUAAGUUUUGCUUGAACGAUUCGACUCAGAGUUACACCAGUGAAUGGGGAUUUGAGAAACUAGUAUUCAGGGAUUCAAGAAUGAGAAUUUGGCGUGAUCGGAAAUAUGCGAUACAAGCAAAGAAUGCAUUUUCUACCGGUAUUCAUUUGUCAGAAAACGUAACGGGGAUCACACUUCACGACACCGAAGGUAAAAUAGGUUAUUAUCACUAUCACGGUUCGAUAAAUGUACCGGGUGAGCCAUGUAGGGUGUUCAUGCCAGUUUCAACUAAAACAACUGGUUUCUUUUCGGAGGAAAAACCUUUUGUGUACGAUGACUACAUGAGGAACCUAUCAAAUACUAUCAAGCAAUUUGAAGAAAAGACAAUUGGAGCCAUAGAUGUGAUAAAUUUGUAGACAAGGAUGUAGUACCCUGGCAUGUAGGUGCAUUGUAUUGUCGGUGGAGGAAGAGCGGUUCACUGUGGUGGUGACGGGUGUUGUCAGAUAAAAAACAGUUCACCGGAAGAUCAUGGUAGCCGGAACUUGGUCCACCGACAGAAAGAUAAAAAUGAAGAAAUAGAGAGAUUGUGAGAAGUAAACAAGGAAAAAAGAGGGAGAAAUGUGCCUUCGAUGCUGAUUAGUCAUCUGUAUUUUAUUUUUAUUAAACUGUGUAUAGGUCUUGCAAUUCUAUUGUUUUGUUGCACCCAUUUACAGGCCAGUGGCUAUUAAAGUUUUCAAACCUGAUGCCUUCUCUCUUAGAGAAUUUUCGGAAUUAACUGAUCAGAUUG